AUGGCGGGCGUGAGCUACUCGCCGCCCUGGUGGGUGAGCCUGCUGCACCGCCUGCCGCACCUCAGCCUGCGCUGGGAGCUCACGGCCGCCGACUUCCGCCCGCACGACGCCGAGUACCAGCAGGCCCUGUUGCUGUUGGGCGGCAUUGCUCUUUCCUGCCUUGCUCUGGACCUCCUCUUCCUCCUCUUCUACUCGUUCUGGCUCUGCUGCAGCGUGCGGAAGAGAGAGGGAAAUUUACAUGCAGACCUUGUGCUGUGCUGCUGCUCCAGGUGGUGUGUCUUAUUAGUUGACUUUACCCUUUCCUGCUUUUCUCUUUGCAGUGCUGGAAUUGCCGUUGGCUUCUAUGGAAAUGGAGAGACCAGCGAUGGUAUCCACCGCCUGACGUACUCACUCCGCCACGCGAACCGCACCGUGGCGGGUGUCCAAGACCGGGUACUAGAUACGGCAUUGGCCCUGAACCAAACAGUGGAACCAAACUUGCAGGUCCUGGAGGAGAUGUUCACCAAGCAGACAGACUACCUGCGUGUCAUCCAGAAGCUGCAAGGUCUCUUGGAUGAUCUGGUCAGGCAAACAACUGAGAUCCCUUUUUGGAAGAAUGAAGAGCUGUCUCUGGAGGAGCUGGCAAUUCAGAUUGACCUGUAUGACUGGUACAGGUGGCUGGGAUACCUGGGCCUGCUCCUGUUCCAUGUUCUGAUAUGUUUGCUCGUGCUCUUUGGGCUUAUAAGAAACUCCAGGGCCAUUCUUAUGGGGGUGUGCUUGCUUGGAGUGCUUGCCCUGAUUAUCAGCUGGGGAUCCUUGGGUCUGGAGUUGGCUGUCGCUGUGGGCUCCAGUGACUUCUGUAUUAACCCUGAUGCCUAUGUCUCCAAAGUGGUUGAAGAUAAUGGAGUGCUUAGUACUGAUAUUCUCCGUUAUUACAUCACCUGCAGUGCUGGAUACCCGAACCCGUUCCAGCAGAAGCUGUCGGGAAGUCACAAGGCCCUGGUGGAAAUGCAAGAUGAUGUUAUGGAACUCAUGCGGUCAGCGAGCAAAGAGCACCCCACCUCCAAGGAGUAUCUCAUUCGGAUCCAGGAGGUUUUAAAUUCAACAGAGAUCAACUUGCAGCAACUGACAGCUCUAGUAGACUGUCGGAGUCUGCAUUUGGAUUAUGUCCAGGCAUUGACAGGCUUUUGCUACGAUGGAGUGGAAGGCCUCAUCUACCUGGUUCUCUUCUCCUUUGUCACAGCCCUCAUGUUCAGUUCCAUUGUGUGCAGCGUCCCACACACUUGGCAGCAAAAGAGAAGCUCGGAUGAUGAUGGGGAAGAAGAAUCAGCUGCUCAAGGGAAUAGACAAACACAUGAUAAUCUUUACAGAGUGCACAUGCCCAGCCUCUAUAGCUGUGGGAGUAGUUAUGGCAGUGAGACCAGCAUUCCAGCAGCAGCACACACAGUCAGCAAUGCUCCCGUCACAGAGUACAUGAGCCAGAAUGCAAAUUUCCAGAACCCCCGCUGCGAGAAUACCCCGCUCAUUGGCCGUGAGUCCCCACCUCCCUCAUACACCUCCAGCAUGAGAGCCAAAUACCUCGCCACCAACCAACCUCGUCCAGAUGCUGGCAGUGUGCAUUAAAAUGAAAAAGCAAAAGCAAAAAAACACCCACACGUGCAGUCAGACAAAACAAUGUGCCAACUGCUGUGCCCCUGUGCUGUCCUCGUAGAACAAUCCUGCUGUUCUGCCCAAAAUCCAGUGCAGCUCCUUCCGUUUCUCCAGUCCAGACCACCCCUCCAACCUGGUACCUGCCCAUUGGAGUGGAAGCCCCCUUUGAAUUUAAGCCUUCACCUGCUGUACCUGGUGUGUGAGAGAGAGCAAGCGCGUGCCGGCCAGCGACGGCGAGAUUUCCAGCCCCUCCUGGCUUCCACCUGCCUGGGGCCAGCUUGAGCAGGAGCCCUAUCAGAAAAUGUCGGUGAAUUUUCUUCUGCCCCCCUUUUUCCCUCCUGUUCCUCAGAGCGACUUGGUGAAAGGUGGUGGUAGAUCAUCUUCGGUUCUGCAGAGGGAUCAGGAGAGCUGCUCGGUCUGUCCAACUCUGAAGAAGCAGAUGUUCAGUGUGUGCGACUAGUGUGCAAGGAGGGAAAGCCAAGU